ACGGAAUAGACAAUAUAAUUUCUGACAAAAAGACAAUCAUGUCACGUACAAAUAAAUGAUAAAUUGUUGUAGUUAAUGAAUUUAAACAGCCUAAUGGAAACCCUUAAAAACUAUCUACAUGGCCAUUUGAAUAGGACUCUGUCGCCGAGAGCCACAGUCGCUAUUAUAUCUAUCAUAAGCUUGGUGGCAAGUUUCGCGGACUUCGUGACGAGCCAAAUGGUCCCGGAGGAUGCGUGCCAAUCGUGUAGAAGCAAUAACAUACUGCGGCUUCGCGCCAACAUCUACUGCCUUAGGAGUCUGUUGCUUAAGCUGUUCCAAGUUGCCAACUUGAUUCUAUUGCUUGGUUGUAUUAUUGAGAAUUCAAUAAUGAUGCAGUUGUAUAUUUGGUAUACGCUGUCAUUCGUCGUGUUCGGCUUCGUGGUGACGCUCGUUGAGUUCCUCAGCCGCAUCAAGCGCGAACAGGUCUGGACUUUCAUGGCCCUAUUUGCGGAUGUGUUGUAUUUAUUUGUAAUUUUCUGGUGUCUGCCGAUAAUAGAUACUUACAGGAAAUCGUUGAAAGGUGAUCCAUUGGUGAGAAAUUCUGCUGAAGAUGUCGUAUGAAAUUGUUUUUAUUAAAAUGUUGUAUU